GUCGAUGCACCCCUGGCCUGCUGCGAUUCAUGGCAGACGCGCUCCACCGGGUCCCGCUCCUGCUGCUCACCACUCUUCUCCUGCUCCUUGUGGUCUUGUUGCGCGUGUGUGUCGUUGUGCGGGGUCCGCAGAGUAGACGAAAACGACGCACGUCGAGGAAGGCGACGAUGGAAAGGCGGGAAACAUCCAACGGACUGCACAUGCGUGCGAUCGACUUCUCCACUCCAGACCUGGCAGUAGCGGCGCGGCGUACACCCGCGUAUGACCUCACAUCGUACAGUCAUCUGCCACCACACGAGCAGCCGUUACCGCCGGAUCCGGAAGAGGAAUGGCUGGAGGAUCUGUCCCAUACUCUGCUUCUGGGGAGCGGAUCUACGCAGGACUGGAUGGGGAGCCAUUGCCGACAAAGGGAGGCAGAGAGAAGUCGCCAGUCGUUCUCGGCAAUGCUGGAGGAGGGUGCCGAUGGAGGCGACACGGAGAUUGUGGACUUGGAUUUCGGCUUGUCAAGUGGGGUUGCUGCACCAGUUACGAACAAUUGUGCAUUGAGCCACGUCGCUGCCACGACCGUCGGACAGACGUCUGUGCACGGGGCGGGGCCGCGGGAGUGGUGGGGUGUGGCGGAAGGUCGUGUCCGGUGGCGGCGGUGGGUGGCAGCGCAGACGGGUGUCGCUCCUGCAGGCGACAAGGGUGGCAAACAUCGGACUUGGAGUGUUGUGGAGAUGGUGAAGCUCGAUAGGGCGAAGCGGGAUCAACAAGCUCAUUUCGUUGGGAUGCCUCACAACUACGGACGCAUGCGCAAUAGGGAAUGGAAGUUGCAGGACCUGCAGAAGCGUUUGGUGGAGGUGGACGUGAAGAGGACUACCGACGACAUUGGGAAGAAGUGGGAUAACCUCUUCCAGCAAUAUAAGAAGAUCGACAACAUGUCUCGAGGCAAUAAAACCAUCUACCCAGACAACGUCGCCGAUGCGAGCGCCUGUGGAGAAGCGCAGAUGCCGGGGGACAUGCAACGUCCGCCAUCAAUCACAGGAGAAUCCAUCGCCGGGGUAGACGCGGGUGAUGGAAACGAUGAAGAUGGAGGGUCGGCUCGGGAGUCUGGGUUCAGUGCAGGAAGCACAGGCGACGCUGGCAAGAGGAAGAACAUGCGUCAGCAGACGUUCAACACUAUCGCCGAAGUCAUGGAGAAGCACGGUGCAUUGAUGGCGGACACUGUGGAGGGGGCAAGGAAGCGGCAGUGUUCCAUCCUGGAGCGGCAGUGCGACAUACUCGAGCGCGAGGUCGACGCCCAGAAGCGGCACUACGACGCGUCCGACGAGGCGAACAGGAUGAUGUGCGCUGCGUUAUGGAGAUCGCGAAGGCCAUCAGGGACAGGUCCUGAUGCCGCCUCAGCUCUGCGGGUGAUCGUCAUGUCGAUGCAUGCAUUGACAUUGCAUCCCUCGCUUGUUUCCCGACAAUCUGCCGCACUGAUGGCGAAGAGUCCUCACGUCUUCCUUUAACGGGCGUGGUUCAUGGCAUAG